AGGAACACAGCCAGAAACUGUCAAGAUCAUGAAAAUUUACCCACAGCUCGCGGUACCGCCUACCGUACAGCAAGUGGGACGUUUAUGUGUCUAUCGUGGGAGUCAUGCAUGGGCUGUUUCAGUGCUCGUCAGUGUAUUAUUUCCCUUGCAGGUCUUCCGAGUACACGCACGUGCCAGUGCUUGAAUUUCUGCUCCCUUAGACUGCUGAAAUGGGGCAGUUGUUAUGUUGUGCCAGUAAUAUAGGAGAUCAUGUGAAGAAGUCCCGAGUGGCCUUGCAACGAUGUCCUCCGGGCCAUUCUCGUCGAUCCAUGUGUCUCUAUAAUCUUGCCAACAGCCUUGGAGACAGAUUCGAGCAGCAGGGUGUCCUGUCUGACCUCGAUGAGGCCAUUGAGCUCCAUCGCGCUGCACUGCUCCUCCGCCCCCCCGGUCAUUCUGAUCGAUCCAAGUCUCUCAACAAUCUUGCCAUUAGCAUUGGAGACAGAUUCGAGCAGCAGGGUGUCCUGUCUGACCUUGAUGAGGCCAUUGAACUCCAUCGUGCCGCACUGCUCCUCUGUCCCCCAGGUCAUCCUGAUCGAUCCGCAUCUCUCCAUAAUCUUGCCAUCAGCCUUGGAGACAGAUUUAAGCAGCGGGGCUUCCAAUCUGACAUUGACGAGGCUAUUGAGCUCCAUCGCGCUGCACUGUUCCUCUGUCCCACCGGUCAUUCUGAUCGAUCCAUGUGUCUCAACAGUCUUGCCCUAAGCCUUGGAGACAGAUUCGCGCAGCAGGGCAUCCCGUCCGACCUUGAUGAGGUCAUUGAGUUCCAUCGCGCUGCACUACUCCUCUAUCCCCCUGGUGAUCAUGAUUCUGAUCGAUCCGCGUGUCUUUAUAAUCUUGCCAACAGCCUUGGAGACAGAUUCGAGCAGCAGGGUGUCCUGUCUGACCUUGAUGAGGCUAUUGAGCUCCAUCGGUCUGCACUGCUCCUCCGUCCACCCGGUCAUUCUGAUCGAUUCAUGUCUCUCAACAAUCUUGCCACCAGCCUUGGAGACAGAUUCGAGCAGCGGGGCGUCCUGUCUGAUCUCAAUGAGACCAUCGAGCUCCACCGCGCUGCACUGCUCCUCUGUCCCCCUGGUCAUAAUGAUCGAUACAUGUCUCUCCACAAUCUUGCCCUCAGCCUUCGAGACAGAUUCGCGCAGCGGGGUGUCCUGUCAGACCUUGAUGAGGCCAUUGAGCUCUGUCGCGCUGCACUGCUCCUCUGCUCCCCCAGUCAUUCUGAUCAAUUCGAGUGUCUCAAUAAUCUUGCCAACAACCUUGGGGACAGAUUCGAGCAGCAGGGUGUCCAGUCUGAUCUCGAUGAGGCCAUUGAGUUCCAUCGCGCUACACUACUCCUCUGUUCCCCCGGUGAUUCUGAUCAAUCUGUGGGUCUCGACAAUCUUGCCCUCAGACUUCAAGACAGAUUCAAGCAGCGUGGUGUCCUGUCUGACCUUGAUGAGGGCAUUGAACUCAAUCGGGCUGCCCUGCUCCUCCGUCCUCUCGGUCAUUCUGAUCGAUCCAAGUCUCUCAACAAUCUUGCCAACAGCCUUGGAGUCAGAUUUGAGCAGCAGGGCAUCCCAUCUGACCUUGAUGAGGGCAUUGAGCUCCAUCGGGCUGCACUACUCCUCUGUCCCUCCAGUCAUCCUGAUCGACCUAUGUCUCUCAACAAUCUUGCCACCAGCCUUCGAAACAGAUUCGAACAGCGAGGCAUCCCGUCUGACCUUGAUGAGGCCAUUGAGUUCCAUCGCGCUGCACUACUCCUCUAUCCUCCUGGUGAUCAUGAUACUGAUCGAUCCACAUGUCUUGAUAAUCUUGCCAACAGCCUUGGAGACAGAUUUGAGCAGCGGGGUGUCCUGCCUGACCUUGAAGAGGCCAUUGAGCUCCACCGGGCUGCACUGCUCCUUUGUCCCCCCGGUCAUUUUCAUCAAUCCAAGUCUCUCAACAAUCUUGCCAUCAGCCUCAGAGAAAGAUUCAAGCAGUGUGGUGUCCUGUCUGACCUUGAUGAGGCCAUUGAACUCCAUCGGUCUGCACUGCUCCUCUGUCCACCCGGUCACUCUGAUCGAUCUGCGUCUCUCAACAAUCUUGCCACCAGCCUUCGAGACAGAUUCGAGCAGCGGGGCGUCCCGUCUGACCUUGAUGAGGCUAUUGAGCUCCAGCGGGCUGCACUGCUCCUCUGUCCCCCGGGUCAUUCUGAUCGAUCCAUGUCUCUCAACAAUCUUUCUCUCAGCCUUGUAAAAAGGUUCAAGCAGCAGGACGUCCUGUCAGACCUUGAUGAAGCCAUUGAGCUCCAUCGGGCCGCAUUGCUCCUCUGGCUCCCCGGUCAUUCUGAUCGAUCCGCAUCUCUCAGCAAUCUUGCCACCAGCCUUCGAGACAGAUUUGAGCAGCGGGGCGUCCCGUCUGAUCUUGAUGAGGCCAUUGAGCUCCAUCGCGCUGCGCUGCUCCUCCGUCCACCCGGUCAUUCUGAUCGAUACGCAUCUCUCAACAAUCUUGCCACCAGUCUUGGAGACAGAUUCGAGCAGCAGGGCGUCCUGACUGACCUUGACGAGGCCAUUGAACACCAUCGAGCCGCACUGCUCUUCUGCCCCCCCGCAAUCUUGCCAUCAGUCUUCGAGACAGAUUCAAGCAGCGGGGCGUCCUAUCUGACCUUGAUGAAGCCAUUGAACUUGAUCGGGCUGCACUGCUCCUCCGUCCCCCGGGUCAUUCUGAUCGAUCCUGCGUCUCUCAACAAUCUUGCCAUUAGCAUUCGAGUCCGAUUCCAGCAGCGGGGCGUCCCAUCUGAACUUGAUGAAGCUAUUCAACUCCAUCGGGCUGCACUACUCCUCCGUCCCCCCGGUCAUUCUGAUCGAUCCGUGUCUCUCCACAAUCUUGCCUUCAGCAUUCUAGUCAGAUUCGAGCACCGGCCUGGGAGCAUCCUGUCUGACCUUGAUGAAGCUUUUGGGCUGUAUUUGCAACUUUCCCACUUAUCACAUGCAGCCUCUCGUCGCGAUCUCCAUGCUGCCAAGUCAUGGGUAGCGUCAGGGGAGAAGCAGAAGCAUGGCUCUACAUUGGUUGCCUAUCAGACCGCAUUGACCUUUUUGGACCAGCAUAUUGCUCUUUUGUCUUCUUCUUCACGCCAUUUCAAUGUCGCCAGGGAGGCCACUUCUUCCCUUGCCACGGAUGCUUUCUCGUGCAGUCUUCGUCAUGGUGCAUUGACGACUGCUGUAGAACUGGUAGAGCAAGGCCGUGCAGUAUUUUGGACUCAAUUGGCACGCUUCCGCACGCCGCUCGAUGAACUUUCCCUGUCAGGUGACACCGGCGCAGCCUUGGCGGAAGAGUUCAAGCAACUCAGCUCUCGGCUUCGUAGCAGAUUCGAUCAGUCUACUAACGACCAGUCCCCGCAAAUUCGGCAACUGACCAAGCAAUGGGAUGAUGUCGUCUCACGCAUCCGCAUGCACCCCGACUUUUCGCGUUUUCUCUUGCCUCCUCUGUUUUCUGGCCUCCAGAAGGCAGCUGAAGAUGGUCCAGUCAUCAUCGUUAACGCAAGUCAGUACGGCUGUGACGCCUUGAUUGUUUUGCAAGCCCAAGAUCCUGUCCAUGUUCCACUCGAUAUUGCAUGGACUGAAGUAUCCGAAUUGUCCUCCGAGUUCCAGUCCCUCGCAGACCAAUUUGGUUCUUCUGAUCAUCAAGACAACCUUGUCACCAUCCUCCGCAAGCUUUGGGAAGACGUUGUUGACCCCGUGGUCGAAGCUCUUAGGGAGGCAAAUGUUCCCCCUGGCUCGCGCAUCUGGUGGUGUCCCACCGCCGAGUUUACACUGCUUCCUCUACAUGCGGCAGGACCAUACGAGAGGAAGAAAGACAAUUUGUCUCACAUUUACAUCUCUUCUUACACUCCGACUUUGGCAACUCUCAUUCGUGCGAGACAACAGGUUUCUCGAGAUGCAUCCCUGCAACAUUUUGUUGCCAUUGGUCAAGCAAAUCCGGAAAGAGGGAAGGAACUCCGAUGUGUCGCUCCCGAGCUGGCCAUCGUCGCUCAGCACAUUGCGCCCGUCGUCUCCUUCACAUCGCUUGCAGACAGUGAUGCAACAAUACAAGGAGCACUGGAUGCAUUGAGCCGGAAUCAAUGGCUUCACCUGGCCUGCCAUGGAAUGCCGAAUCGACAACAAGCAUUUGAGUCUUCCUUUGAGAUGCGCGACGGGUCUUUAAAGAUCAAGGAUAUCGUCCGAUCUGACUGGCAGAAUCCGCAGUUCGCAUUCUUAUCGGCCUGUCCACACUACCGUAGGGCGAUCAGAAGAGUCCGGACGAGUCGAUCCAUCUCGCUGCAGCUAUGCAAUUCUCUGGAUUUCGCAGUGUGAUUGGUUCGAUGUGGUCUGUUGACGACGACGUUGCACGACA